AAACGUCUCAGAAAGAGAAAGAUCAUCCGUCAGGUCUAUUAGAGGGUGAUAUGGGUCUGUUAUCUGUUGUUCUGCUUCUGCUCUUGAUUUCAGUCCAGUCGUGCUGGGCUCAGGAUGAUCCUCUUCUUCCCUUCUCUGAACACCUGGAUCCCGAGCAAAAGGUACGACUGAAGUGGGGAUUCGAUGAGGUCCAGGACACCAUCCUGUUCCAGCUCACCGUCAACACCAGCGGUUGGGUCGGUUUGGGCUUCAGCCCCAAAGGAGGAAUGACCGGAGCUGAUAUUGUCAUUGGAGGAGUUGGACAAAACGGCAGUUAUUUUACGGACCGUCAUGCUGUGGGUAAUUCCAUGCCUGUGGUUGACCAGCGACAAGACUACAAACUCCUGUCUCUGAACGAGUCUGAUGGACAAACAGUCAUGAAGUUUCAGAGGUCCAUCAAGUCCUGUGAUGAAUAUGAUUUACCCAUCACUACUGAUCCCAUCAAGCUCAUCUAUGCGUACGGACAGACUGAUGACAUCAAGUACCACGGUACCCGAAGGGGCACGAAGGAGGUGAACCUGUUGAGAUACAUGCCUAAGGUCACCCCUACAGACAGCAAGUAUUUCGACAUGAUCAUGGUCAAUUUCACGGUGCCAGCCAACCAAACCUACUAUCACUGCAAGAUCAUGAGAACUCCAGAUUUCGAUCAGAAGCAUCACAUUUAUCGAAUUGAGCCGUUGAUCCAAAACAUGGAUCUCGUGCAUCACCUGCUGCUGUAUCGCUGCCCGCCGGGUGUGACAGAAAUCUAUGAAUCACAAUGUUACACAGAAAUGAGUAAUGAAAAAUGUAUGGAGGUCGUGGCGGUGUGGGGAAUUGGCGGAGGGGCUUUUGAACUUCCUGAAGUGGCGGGUCUUCCAAUUGGAGGGAAUGAUGGUGAUGUUCUCUACAGGCUUGAAGUGCAUUACAACAACCCAAAUAAAACCGCAGGUCGAGUUGAUCACUCAGGUCUACGGUUCUAUUACACAUCUAUACUCCGUCAGCACGAUGCAGCCGCACUCAUGACGGGGCUGGAGGUCCGCUCCAGAUACGCCAUCCCACCCCGGGCAAAGACUUUCCUCACGUAUGGCCUGUGUGACACUGCUCAUUUCGCACAGGUUCUUCCUGAGACUCCACAAGAUCUUCAGGUGUUCUCUGUAAUGUUACACACACACUUGGCUGGACGGAAGGUGCGAGUCGGCCACUUCAGAGAUGGAAAACAGAUUGAUCUUCUAGCUGUGGAUGAACAUUACGAUUUUGAAUACCAGGAGGUGGUAAACCUGGGUAAAACUAAGACAGUGAAGUUGGGUGACAAAUUACUGGUGCAGUGUACCUAUAAUACAGAAAACCGCACAAAACUCACAUGGGGGGGUCUCUCGACUUCAAAUGAAAUGUGCUUGGCGUUCCUCUACUACUAUCCCGCUAUGAAUCUGAGCGGUUGUCUGAGCAGCCCUGAUUCCAACGCUUUAAUAGCUGAAAUGGGGGCAACAAAUAAUAUUAACUGGCUCAAUAUGAUGUUAUCAAAGACAUGGAAUGACACAUCUAUCUAUGAAUACCAACAAACGCUGAAGAGGAUCAAUCAGACACUCAUAGUUUCUAAUUCAAACCAGAACGAGUCAUACAACACGGGAACGAUUCCUGACCUCAUACUCACUCAUUCUGCACCCUGUCAGAACGCGUCAUCCAACAUGGGAACGACUCCUAAUCUCGGAGUCACUCAUUCUGCACCCGGUGUAAACGGCUGUCCAAAUGAACGUCUUGCUUGGAUGUCUCUGCUUCUAUGCUUGGCGGUGCAAUGGAUCUCUUCAUGAAACAUCUUUAUUUAGCAACAUAUUUUGGCAACUUCAACCUCACUUAAUCCUGCAGUCUGUAAAACUAUUAAACUUUCACUGUAUUAAAGUGAUAGUUCACCAAAAAUGAUUUACUCACCCUCUUGUCAUUUCAAACCUUUAUGACUUUCUUUCUUCCGCAGAACACAAGAAAAGUUGGUAACCGAGCAGCACUGGACCCCAUUCACUUCUAUUGUGUGGACACAAAACCAGUGCAAGUGAAUGGGGUCCAGUUAGCAACAUUCUUCAAAAUAUCUUCUUUUGUGUUCUGCGGAAGAAAGAGGUUUUAAAUGGCAAGAGGGUGAGUAAAUGAUGACAGAAUUUUUCUUUUUUGGGUAAACUAUCCCUUUAACAAAACAUAAUAUGGUUGAGAUGGCUUUUCUUGUACAAUAAGCAUUCAGUGUAGCAAAAAAUGGGGUAAUAUGAAAACAAUCUGGUCAGAUUUUAGCCUAUAUCUAGUGAUCUAGUGGUUUUUGAUGAUAAAUGCAUCUUUCAAUAAUACAAAUAGUUUAUUUUUGGCUUUUUACGAACGUAUCUUACAAUCAUGUCUUACAUCUUACUAUCAACUGUUUAAAAUAAAAAAAAACUGGUG